AUGGCGCAAACAUCGACCAUCUCCCGACGGGCUCAAAAUGCCUCCAUCGCAAUGGGCUCCAGUACCAUGUGGGAGGUCCUCGUCGACACUUGGUCCUCGACCAACCCAAACGGCUACAUCAACGUCGGCGUCGCAGAGAACGCCCUCAUGCACGCCGAACUCCAACAAUAUCUGAACCGUGAAAGACUCAAUCUGCCCGUCGAAUAUCUCACCUACAACGACGGCGGACACGGGUCGACCACCCUCCGUCGCUCCAUCGCCCACUUUCUCAAUCGACACCUGCAUCCGGCGAAACCGCUCGACGCAGAGCAAAUGGUCGCGACGAACGGGUGCUCCUCGGCUAUUGAGCAUGUCUCGUGGGCGUUUACGGAUCCCGGAGAGGGCAUUCUGCUGGGACAGCCGUUCUACGGGACUUUCAUUCCGGAUAUGACGACGCGACCGGGCGCCGCGGUGGUGAUGGUGCCGUUUGGCCAGGUGGAUCCGUUCAGCCUGGACGCCGUGUCCAAAUAUGAAGAGGCGCUGAUAUCUUUUCAAACGUCGACGGGGAAGCCCGUCCGGGCGCUGAUGCUGUGUCAUCCGCAUAAUCCACUUGGACGAUGUUAUCCCCGCCAAGUGCUGAUUGAAUUGAUGCGACUAUGUCAAAAGUAUCAGAUCCAUCUGAUCAGCGACGAGAUCUACGCGCUGUCCGUCUUCGAGAACACCGUGGACGAGUCCCCCGCGCCGGUCAAGUUUGAAUCCGCCCUCUCUAUCGAGCUGGAUGGGAUCAUUGAUCCCGGCCUCGUCCAUGUACUCUGGGGUAUGAGCAAGGACUUUGGCGCAAAUGGAAUUCGGCUGGGCGUUGUCAUCUCCCAGUCUAGUCCGGAGGUCUUGGGUGCUUUGAAAGCGACCUCUUUGUAUUCAUACCCCUCAGGGAUCGCAGACUAUCUCGUCGGUAAAUUGUUGGCCGACGACGACUUCACCGAUCAAUACAUCCAGGAGAACCAAAAGCGACUCGCCGAGUCGUACGCCUUUGCCGCCAAUUUCUUCAAGGCGAACAAGAUCGACUAUGCACCCGGUUGCAACGCCGCUUUCUUCCUGUGGAUCAACCUUGGAAAGCGAUACCGCGAGCUGCAUGCAGAUCUUGCCUCGGAGGAAGCAGUUGGAGAGAAGGUGAUGCAGAGUCUGUUGCGCGAGAGAGUCUUUUUGGCUGAUGGAGCCGUAUUUGGAUCGGAGAAGGACGGAUGGUUUCGACUCGUUUUUACGCAGCCGAGAGCUUAUCUGGAGCUUGCUUUGGAGAAGAUCUUUAAGGCUUUGGAAUAG